UUACCAAGAAGGACUUUCUUUUAUUUUAAAUUAAAAAGAAGUUGUGUAAUAUAAAUAGAAUUUGGUCGAUAAUUAUGUUCUUUUAUAAAAAUAUAUAUAAAAUCCAUUCCUCAUAAAUAAAAAAAAAUUCGAUUUUAGAAUGUUUCCAAUGAUGGUUAAUAUAAAACCAUUAAUUGUUAUAUAUAGAAAAGGGUAUGUGAGAUUAAGUUUAAUUGAUUUUGAUUUAUAAAAUGAAGAUAUUAGUGUGCAUUUAACAAACUUACAUGCUUAAAAAUAAAAUCCUAAUUAUUAAUAAUUAAAAGACAGUGUCCAUUUAUUAUUAGAAGAUUUCGAAGAGUUUUAUUUAAAAGAAAAUACUAAAGAAAAAUUAAAUGAUGUUUAUAAUUAAAUUAAAGCUAUAAGUAGUUUUUCAAUAUAGGCAAUUUUUCAAGAAAAAUAUAACCUUUAUAAUCAAUUUCAUAUGUUUGGAGCAGAUUUUAUGAUAGAUUAAAAUUCUAAUGUAAGUUUAAUAGAAAUGAAUAGUAAUCCUUAUUUAUUAAAUAGUACAGAUGUUCAUAUUAAAGUAGUUCCAGAUAUAAUUUAAAGCUUUUUAGAUAUUAGUACUGAAAUAUUUAAAUAAAAUGAAUUAUAAG